UCUCAUUCCAAACAUUCACACCUUUCAGAGGAUGACCGAAGACCGGUUGAACUCCAUUUUUCCCCCUCCUCCUUUCGCCCCCAACCCAAUUCUGACAGUAUAAAAUCCCAUGUCUAUGACCCAGGCUUUACCAGUUGAUUUAGCUAAAUAAGACGUUUGAAAAGGAUUCUUUUUGCGAUCAAAUCUCAACUCAUCACUUCUGUCAAGAUGAACAAAAUCAUUUUUGGAGUCCUUGCAGUUGUUGCAUCUUUUAUGCUAGCGGAGUCGCUGACAUGUAACAAAUGUGAUGUGGGCCUGGUGGGCGUUUGCCUAAAUGCUGCUGAUCAGGUCUGCACAACCAACACAAGUCGCUGCUUCACUGGAAGAGCUACCUUCCCCUCCCUCACUACUUUCCUAGGCUUCAACACCCAAGGCUGUCUGGAGAGUGCUAUGUGCAACAACACCACCAACGCCACCCUCCUGGGUGCCACCUACACCACUGUCAGGACCUGCUGCGACACCAACAAGUGUAACCCAGUCACAAUCAGCGGCGCAACCUCUGCCAAGCUCUCUGUCACCGCAGCCUUCGGCGCCGCCCUGGUGGCCUCCGUGUGGGGCAGCAUGCUGUACUAGAACAACUAGAAGACACAUUCUGAUUCAGAUUCCCAAGAACCAGAAGGCCGCCCCUACAUCGAAAUAAAGACCAAUCCUAGUCUGUUUAUACAUGAUGAAAUUACUGUUGUUUUCUUAAACCGGUUUGACAACAGUUUGUUUCAUUCACACUGCAUGUUUAAACCAGAUUGACUUGUUUUUCUCAUGUUUUGAUGCUAUGCUGUCACAUCAUCCCCUCUCAAGUUCUUUUCCUCCUAUCAGAAUAAUGCACUGAGUACCCAUAAUCAAGGGCUUUUUAGUUAUCAGCUCAAAGUUUGCAAAGAGAAGCACGUCUGAGAAUGCAUUAAAGACACUCACUUUGUUUUCACACAGUUUCUGUUCCUGAAUGUUAAGAUACUUAUUGUUGUGGAAGUCGAUCAGUGUAUUGUUGAAGCUGUAACAUUGAAUUCUUAAACCUUACAUAGGCGUUUAUUUGAUUUAUCCUUAAGUUACUACAAUCAUGUGUGGUGCAUGCAUUAUGGAAUUAAAAUAAAGAAAAUCCUAGAAAGGUA